CGUGUCGAUCACGUGAGCGCCGCCGCUGCCGCUGAAGUUUCUAUGAUGGCGGCCAGUAAUUAUUAUGGAUUCACACAUGCAGCCGCAGCUGCCGCCGCCGGCCCGCAGUACAGCGCCCAGCCGCCUCCUGUCUAUUCCCACCCAACCACGGGCAGCUAUAACAUCCAGGCCGCCCCUGGAGUGGCCCAUGCUGUGACGGCCUCGUACCCCACCGCCCCACCGGCGAGUCCCGCGGUCACCGCCCCCUACCCCACCUACCAGCCCCAUCCUGCCCCCAACUACUGCUACCAGCAGCCCGAAACGUCGCCGCAGCUGACGACCACCCAUCAAACCUACCAGGUGCUGACUGAACCGGAGAAUUAUAGCUACGGUCGACUGCCGUCGGUCAGCAGCUACGAGAACAAGCAGUACUUUCAAACGAGCAUCGCACCUGUGCAGCAAACCGCAACCGAGGCCUACUUCCAGACAGGGUUGAAAACCGGCUACGGCACGACGAGCACAGCAUACAGUCAGCCGCCUGUUCAAAGACAGGUCGCAGCUCUGAAACCCCCUCCCGCUGCGAGCUCUGUGUCCUCUAGCUACACCAUCUACCCAACAUCAACCAGCGUACAGCAAACUCCAGCCCCCAUAUCCACCUACACCCCCAGUUCUUCCUUCAGCUCCACAGCUGCUGCGUCUUACUCCGUCGGUCUCAGCUAUUCCAGCUAUGAGUCUAGCGGUUACACAUCCACGCCGUCAUACUUCCAGCCGGCGCAGAUGGCGCCCCCGCAGCCUCAACCUCCACCGCCCCUCCAGCAGCCGCCACAGCCGCCACCACCGCAGCAGACGCAACAACUUCCAAAACAGCUCACCAACUCCUCUUGGAGCAACACCGGGAGUGGCGCAGUCACCACCCCCACCGUCAAUGCAUACAAGAAACCCAUUUUCCACCAGAGCAAAAUCCAAAAACCCAAAGGGCCGCCCAAACAGCCACAGCUGCACUAUUGCGAUAUCUGCAAGAUAAGCUGUGCCGGUCCGCAGACAUAUCGAGAACAUCUGGAAGGACAGAAGCACAAGAAGAAAGAGGCGGCUCAGAAGAGCGGCAGUCAGGUGUCCAACGGACCUCGUGGAGUCCAGACGCAGCUGCGCUGUGAAUUGUGUGACGUCUCAUGCACCGGCGCCGAUGCUUACGCUGCACACAUCCGGGGAUCCAAGCACCAGAAGGUGGUGAAGUUGCACACCAAACUUGGCAAACCCAUCCCUUCAACGGAGCCCGUUUUCGUGAGCUCUGCCCCUGUUGCCGUGACAAUGACUACUAGCAAGACAGCGGCGACAACCGCUCCCACCUCUACAUCGGUGGCGCAGAAGACGCUGGCUCCUUCCAAACUCACGGCGUCUCUUGCGAAAAAACCCGCCACUGCUAAAGUUGCCAUUAUCGGCAGCAGAACGUCCACACCAGCUCCGGUAAAGCUGGAGGAGGCGAAGCCGUCUGUAGUGAAGUCGGACGCUUUGAGUGAAGAUGAGGAUGGUGACGGUACUGGAGCUCAAGGAGACAUUCAGCCUGUGGGACACGAUUAUGUUGAAGAGAUUCGAAAUGACGAAGGAAAGGUUAUUCGCUUUCACUGUAAACUGUGUGAAUGCAGCUUCAACGAUCCCAACGCUAAAGACAUGCACCUGAAGGGACGGAGACACCGGCUGCAGUACAAGAAAAAAGUGAAUCCAGACCUUCCUGUGGAGAUCAAGCCCAGUAAUCGAGCACGGAAACUUCUGGAAGUCAAACUGCGAAAGCAGAAGCAGAAAUCUGUGCUGAAGAGACAACAAGAGGAUGAACAGCGCUGGCACAUGGAAAUGAGCUGGAGGUACGAGGAGGACAUGUACUGGAGGAGAAUGGAGGAGGAGCAGUUAUACUGGGUGGAGAUGAGACACCGAAUGGCCCCGCCUCCUCUCAUGGGCCGGCCCAGCGUGCCGGUGCCGUCCCUUUUGCCCGUGCGACGGCCCGAUUCGCCCGACGACCGCCACAUCAUGGCCAAACACUCGGCCAUCUACCCCGUGGAGGAGGAGCUUCAGGCCGUCCAGCGAAUCGUGUCGCAUUCUGAGCGCGCGCUCAAACUGGUGUCUGAUUCGCUGCUGGAGAAGGAGGCGUGUGCUGCGGACGACGACGACGACGACGACGACGACGUGACGGACAAACAGUCGGAGUCUCAGGCUCGUGUUCUCAAAGGAGUCGUGCGCGUGGGAAUCCUGGCUAAAGGUCUCCUCUUACGCGGCGACCGCAACGUUCAGCUCAUCCUGUUAGCGACCAAGAAACCCACCGCCUCUCUAUUGAGAACCGUUGCAGAGCAAAUGCCCAAACAACUAGCGACCUUUUCUGAAGAUCAGUAUGAGGUGCAGGUACACCCUGAGGAAGCCAACAUCGUCAUUUUUUCAAGCAAGGAACCAAAAAUGCAGGUCACCAUCUCUCUUACCUCGCCAGUGAUGCGCGAAGACCCCGUCCCCAACAUGGAGAAAGCCUCGGAGAAAGACCCUCCGGAUGUUCUCGGCAGGACCAAGUGCCUUGAGUAUUUAGCGGCUCUGCGACAUGCUAAAUGGUUUCAGGCUCGGGCGAACGGUCUUCAGUCUUGCGUCAUCAUUAUUCGGGUUCUGCGGGAUCUGUGUCAGCGCAUACCUACCUGGGGCAAGAUGCCCGACUGGGCCAUGGAGCUGCUUGUGGAAAAAGCCAUUAGCAGUGCAUCAGGUCCACUCAGUCCUGGAGAAGCUCUACGGAGGGUCCUCGAAUGCAUCGCCACCGGGAUUCUCCUGCCAGAUGGUCCAGGUCUUCUUGACCCGUGUGAGAAAGGUCAAACGGACGCUCUGGGAAACAUGUCGAAACAAGCUCGGGAGGACGUGACCUCUAGUGCCCAGCACGCGCUACGACUGCUGGCUUUCCGUCAGAUCCAUAAAGUCCUCGGCAUGGGCUCACUGCCGGUCUCAAAGGCCGGAGCUCGAAACCGCAAGAGACGGCGCGACGGCAGCGACACCGGCGAGGGAGAAACCGACGGAAAGAAGGAUAAAAAAGACUAUUCUCACGACCCUUGAGACGUCUGCCUAAUCUACACAAGCUGUCAUGUCUUUAGAAAUGUAUAAAUAUCACUCGAAGAGGAAAAAAUACAACACUCGAUGGUUCUGUUUUUCAAAAGGACAAUAGAUGGAAAAAACUUAGUCGUUCACCUUUUAUGAUGCAAUACGUCUCUCUAUUACAUCUGAGCUGAAAAUAAGCCGAAAUGCUCCUGAAAUGCAGCAGUCGCAUCUCGUUUUCAGCGUAUCAGAUGAUGACUGAACAUCGCUGCCCAUCAGCGACCGCCAUAUAAUAAGUUACAUCACAUUAGCUCUAUUAGGCACUUUGACAUAUUAAUGGCACUUAAUU